UCUCGGUGGCUUGCAAUGGAGUCGGCAGUGGGGCACUGCUGCUCCCGCUGCCUGCAGCGCUCGGCCUCCGCCGGGCUCCGUUUGCAGCCGCACACUCGGGCAAUAGGUGGCACUGAGGGACGGUGUGGUUUGUGCUGUCCCCGAGAAAACGUCACUGCGGAAGAGAGAGCCGGGGAGCAGAAGCUGGGAUUGUGUCCUCCCUCCCCCGGAGCAGCAGCCAGGCAAGGGGCAGCAGACAUGUGGCCAGAGAUCCUUCCGGACGCAUGGGAGAACAUCAUGUCCCAGAUCAGGCCUUUUGACUAUUCUCAGAAGAAUGCAAUCCUGAUCCCUGCAGCUGCCCUGGGCGUUGGAGGGAUGCUGCUUUACUGGCUCAGGUCUGGACGCAAGAUCAAGACUAUUGACAUGGGCGAUGGGUGGUGGGGCGCAGGCGAGAGGCCCCCCAAAGGGAAGGAAGACACAAGCAUCCGUCCCUUCAAGAUUGAAACAUCUGACAAAGAAAUCGAGGAUCUGCACCAGCGCCUGGAUCGGUUCCGCUUCACCCCCCACGUGGAAGGAGCCGCCUUCCACUACGGCUUCAACUCCAGCUACCUGCGGAAGGUGGUGGCCUACUGGAGGAAUCAGUUUGACUGGCGCAAGCAAGUGGAAGUGCUGAACAAAUAUCCCCACUUCCACACCACCAUUGAAGGGAUUGAUAUCCAUUUUAUCCAUGUGAAGCCAUCCUAUGUUCCUCAUGGUCAAGCUGUUCGACCUCUGCUGAUGGUCCAUGGCUGGCCCGGCUCCUUCUAUGAGUUCUACAAGAUCAUCCCUCUGCUCACGGAGCCAGCCAAGCAUGGCCUGAACGAGGGUGAUGUGGUGUUUGAGGUCAUCUGCCCCUCCAUUCCAGGAUACGGUUUCUCAGAGGCUUCUCACCAGAAAGAGUUUGAUUCCAUAGCAACUGCUCGGAUAUUUCAUAAGCUGAUGAACAGAUUGGGCUUCAAGGAAUACUACCUACAGGGAGGGGACUGGGGAUCUCGCAUCACCACAAACAUGGCCCAGAUGCUGCCACAAUCUGUGAAAGGGCUUCAUCUGAAUCUCGUUUUCGUCAGCACACAAGGUUUGGGAAAGAUGAUCCGUACAAUGCUUGGGGCUUAUGUGCCAUGGCUUGUAGGCUUCACUAGGGAAGAUGCUCGACGUUUCUACCCUUUCAUGCAGAAAAACGUAUAUGACGUCCUACGAGAGUCUGGAUACUUACACAUCCAAGCCACCAAACCAGACACUGCAGGCUGUGGACUGAAUGACUCCCCAGUGGGACUUGCUGCAUAUAUUAUGGAGAAAUUCUCAACCUGGACAGACAAAUCAUUUCUCCAUAGAGAUGAUGGAGGCUUGGAAAGCAAAUACUCUCUUGAUGAGCUUUUGACCAAUGUGAUGAUUUAUUGGGUGACAUCCUCCAUCGUGUCCUCAAUGCGAUACUACAAGGAAAACUUUUCCAAGGAUCCUACUCUAAGUGUUCAUGACAGGGUUGGCGUAUAUGUUCCCACAGGGAUUGCAGCUUUUCCUCAGGAGAUUGUACAUGUACCACGUAUCUGGGCAAAGAAUGUCUACAAGAACAUCAUCACCUACACUUACAUGCCACGUGGAGGGCAUUUUGCUGCCUUUGAGGAACCAAAGCUCCUGGCACAAGACAUCAUACAGUUUGUCAGAAAAGUGGAACAGCUGUGAGCCUGCAGUUGAAAUAUAUGCAUAGAAUGGAAACAAGUGGUUUUACCAGUGGCAGAACCUUUAGACUGAAUUUGUUUAAUCACUCAAAAUAAUCACAUAUAGAAGCCAGCAUUUUAUUUUGAUAAUAAUACAGUCAUGAUUUUUAAAAUCGAGUUGUAAUGUUUUCAUAAGGAAAAAAAACCAAAACAAAAAAACCCAAAAAGCAUCUUGUGUUCCUUUGUUCCCAGCACCCUAUCAUUGCUGCAUUCAUAGUUCAAGUACAACAGAAUAUGUAAACUGUUUAUUGCAGUACAUUGCACUCAACUGAGGAAGAGAGGUGAAACGAACUGGCCAAGGCUUCUGCUUAAAAGCUUCUUUAAGCACAUUGCACACUUUAAACUUGCAUUCUUAAACGUGUUACAAGCAGCUUUGGUGGAAGCAUAAAAGGUUUUGAUCUCCUAAGCACAAACACUCCUACAUUCAAGUUAUAUUUCCUUCAAGAGACCUGAGAUUUCAUAUUCAAGUGGGCAGCUGCACAUAAGGCGGCUUUCUUAACUCAAAGCUUUUCCCCUAGAAUGAGCUUAAGAAGCAGCUACUGCACAUUGUAAACAGAUAGUAAUGGAUACUACAGCAGAGAGGGCACUCUAGUGUUCUCUAAGCUCAAAAAUUUCAAAUGAAGUUCCUACUGCUUCUAUCAUCUCAUUCCAUCCAAAA